AUGGUAAUUAGAAAUGAAGUGAAACAGAUUGUGGUCGGAUUUUCAAAUAAAGAUGAGGAAAAAGGCUAUACAGCUUGUGGAUCCGUGACUUUUGUUUCUUCCAGUUCUGGAAGGAAAAUUCUGGUUGAUUGUGGAAGUCCAUGGCACGGAUCGAAGAUCAUUGCAGGUUUAAACGAUGAAGGAGUUUCUUGUUCUGACAUAACGGACGUUGUUAUUACCCACGGUCAUAGCGACCACUGUGGUUGCCUUUCUUUAUUCGAGUCGGCUCGUUUCUUUAUGGAUCAAGACUGUGCGGAAAAUUUUUGUUGUUACUCAACGUUACAGGUACGAUUGUUUCAGUUUCGGCAAACAACAGGUUCUACUGUUUUGGCCCCUGGAGUAGAGAUCAUUAGAACUCCUGGUCACACGGAUCACGACCUGAGCGUGAUUGUCAGAGAGACAUCUAUUGGUACUGUGUGCUGUACUUCAGUUGCUUUUUCAGGAGACAUUUUUGAAGAUGAAAGGGAUGAUUCUUGGUUGGUUAACAGCAGGUACCCUGAUCUUCAAAAGAGCAGUCGAAGUUCCAUUUUAGCUGUUGCCGACUGGAUAAUACCGGGUCACGGAAAAUUAUUCAAAAGUUGUCGUGAUGUAGGACAUUAA